UGAAGAGCCAGAUGCCAGUGUCAGUUGAGCAGUCGUUGUGUUAGGUUGUGUCGUCGCUCGCGUACUGUUACGGCUGAGAUUCACUCAUUUCUAUUGAAGAUUGCAGAUCGUCGUCAUGCCGUCACUCGGAGAGAAACUCGAGCUGUCCUUCAGCGCCUCUAAGCUGAAGAACAAGGACAUGCUGAGCAAGAGCGACCCCUUGUUGGUGGUGUCGAUGAGUGAGGUGGAGGGGGCCGAGGCCCAGGAGAUCGGGCGCACGGAGGUCGUCAAGGAUAACGUCAACCCUGUCUGGAUGACCAAGUUCAUCAUCGAUUACCACUUCGAGGCUCGCCAGCUUCUGGUGUUGAGUGUCUACGACUGGGACAAGGGCGACAAGGCUGAUCCUAAGACUGCGCCUCUCAACAAGAAAGAUCUCAUCGGCACUGUAGGCCUAAGCAUAGGCCAGCUUAUGAACGCCGGCGGUAAAGGCAGUCUCGAUCUCGGCAAGAAGAACGGUUCCAUUAUUGUGGCAGCCGAGCCCGUACAGGUCUCGAACGAGGCGUUCUGUGUCUCGUACUGUGCCACAGAUCUCGACAAGAAAGAUACUUUCAGCAAGAGCGAUCCUUUCCUUGUUUUUAAACGCCAGAACAAUGAUAAGAGCUUCUCGAUCGUGGCCAAGACAGAGGUUAUCAAGAAAACCUUGAACCCUGUGUGGGCGCCCAUGGUGCUGCCUAUCACGCUUCUCUGUGGCGGAGACGAGAAUAGAGUCAUCAAGAUCGAGUGCUAUGAUGCCGACGACAAUGGCAAGCAUGACCUGAUCGGCGAGUGCGAGACAACCGUUGCUCAGAUGCGCAUGGGUCCAUGCGAGGCCAACACGCAGAGCCUCAUCAACCCCAAGAAAUUGUCCAAGAAGAAGUACACAAACUCCGGCGUGCUCAAGCUCAUGGAGAUGGGCACCCGCGACGAGCUCUCCUUCCUCCACUACAUCAGACAGGGUUGUCAGUUGCACUUCACGCUGGCCGUGGACUUCACUACGAGCAACGGUGACGUGAAGGACAGCAGCUCCCUGCACUUCAUCAAGCAAGGCGUCGAGAACGAGUACAUGACAGCCAUCCGCGCCAUCGCUGAGAUCGUCCAGGAUUACGACUCUGACGGAUACUUUCCUGCUCUUGGGUUCGGCGGGAAGCUGUCGGACGGGCGCCUGAGCCACGGCUUCUACAUGAACGGCCACAAGACCAACCCCAACUGUCAGGGCGUCACGGGCCUCCUGCAAGCUUAUUACAACGCCGUCAACUCCAUUACUCUGCACAACAUCACCCACUUGGCCCCCAUCAUCAACCACGUUGCCGGCAUCGCUGCUCGCUGCAACGACGGUCGAAGCUAUCAGAUUCUGCUCAUGAUCACCAACGGAGGCGUCAAUGAUAUGGAUGCCACGAAGAAGGCUAUCGUGAACGCCGCCGAGCACCCGAUGUCGAUCAUCAUUGUGGGUGUGGGCAAGGACGACUUCAACGACCUCCGGGAGCUCGAUGCCGACAACAAGAGGAUCAGCCACGAGGGCAAACUGGCCGAGCGAGACAUCGUCCAGUUCGUCGAGCUGCGCAAGUUCCUGCCUCCCAACGGUCCCGAGGACCGCGCGGCCGCCCGCUCAGCGCUCGCCAAGGCCGUGCUCGAGGAGCUGCCCGGGCAGUUCAUGGAGUGGAUGAGGAAACGCGAGCUCAUGUCUGCACAAAUCUGAGCUUAACCAACGCACAUGUGCAUGUGCAGUGCACUCAUGGCCGCUCUAAUUAGUGCUGCACGGCACUGCAUGUGCAGUGCACUCAUGGCCGCUAUAAUUAGUGCUGCACGGCACUGCAUGUGCUGUGCACUCAUGGCCGCUCUAAUUAGUGCUGCACGGCACUGCAUGUGCAGUGCACUCAUGGCCGCUCUAAUUAGUGUUGCAAGGUACUGCAUGUGCAGUGCACUCAUGGCCGCUCUAAUUAGUGCUGUACGGCACUGCAUGUGCAGUGCACUCAUGGUGGCUCUAAUUAGUGCUGCACGGCACUGCAUGUGCAGUGCACUCAUGGCCGCUCUAAUUAGUGCUGCACGGCACUGCAUGUGCAGUGCACUCGGGCUCAUGGCCGCUCUAAUUGGAGAGACUGAUGACGUCUACGAUCGCUGCCUUCAUGUAACUUGUAGUUUCUAGCCUGCCUUACAGUAGGUGCUACGAUGUAGUGAUCGAGAUGUUUCCCUCAUUAAAUUGGUUUUAAAAGAAGCUACGAUGCAGAUUAGAUGGCGUUGCUUUAAGUGUUUAAUAAUUCGUUAGUGAUGGAUGAAGUAAGUUGAGAAGAAAGCAGUUAAGUUAGAGUUCUAAGUUUUACUUUCUUCCUAGGUAAUAUUCUUUGGAUUAAUGACUGAUAUAAGCAGCUUUGCAUCAGCGAAUUGUGUCCAGUUGUAACAGCGAAUCUCUUUGUGCUCGUAGUUUUUAUGUCAAUUUUACAAUAAUAUUGUUUUACUUGUUGUCAAUUUGUACUGGCUGAUGCUGCAGAGUUUGAGAAAGUUCAUGGAACUGUAUAUUCUUAAGCUGUGAUGGUGACCUAAAGGAGCGUACGAUAGUGAAAUUGAUCAGGCUUGUCAAGCAAACACUUAAUUUAAAAACUUUAACUCGUAGUAAGAUUUAUCCAUAUUUUUGUAAGGAUAUAUUUUCACUGCCAAGUAGGAAAUUUAAGAAAGCAAAUACUGUGGUGAAGUCCGAGAAUUUUUUUUUGUGGAACUAAAAUUAAAACUUGCUAUUAGCGGGAUGUUUGAAAUAUGAUCAGAAGAGGAUGUAUGUUAAAGUGGAUCUUAACUAAACCAUUCAAAGUGUUCGUAUUAUUUAGAUAGCAUAGCUUGGGUUAAAUGAUCUACUAACCUCGAAAAAAAUGAUGCGUUUAACAGGUCUGGUCUGGAGAACAGUGACUUAGGCGAUCAUUGUAUGCGCGUAGUGAAAAUACCGCUGAGGUGCUGCAGUGAAUGCCAUGUAGUAGUGUGGUAGGUUAUCAACAAAUAAGGAUUUUUUAUACACUCUUACCGUCACUUCACAAUAUCUUCAUAAUUUCCACGUUUUAUAUGAUUAUAUACAGGGCUCACCGAUUGGAGACGCAAAAAUAACACUUGUAAUUGAUGAAUUUACUGGUUUCGGAUGCAUCUAACAUGCACAUUACUCUCCUUCGAGAAAUAUUUGAUCUUCUAUGGAUUGAAAUACCGUAUAUUAUACCUAGAGAAUUGGCGAAUAAAACGUUUUCAUGGUUUGCGAAAUAUGCGAUAUAACCUACAUCAAAUUUUCUAUUAUUUUGAACAUCGUCUGGAAAAGUAAUGCAAUUUCAUGCAUGCUCAUGUGGAUGAGGCAACUGAGAAGUUUAGAUCAGUCAAUAUAAUGUGCGCCAUGCCUUAGCGUGAUAGUGGAAUAUGCGCUUCGUAUGAUAGCCGAAAAUUGCGAUUUAAACACGAAUGUUGCCCGCCAUGCAAAUUGUCAGCAGUGUUGUGAGUAUGCCAGCAUUUCUCUCCUCUAACCUUUCGUAUAGCCUCGUGUUGUAGCUUUAUGCAUCUUACCUUAUAUAUCAUCAAAACAUAUACUGUAUAUCUAUAUAAGUGUUGCACUAUCACACUCAAUGUUUUUUAUGCGCAAGACCGAUACCUUGUCUCGCAAUUCUAUUGACUAUAAUUCUUCACUCAAAUUCAUGGACGAUUUAGCGAGUGAUUUCAAACUGGUGAUCAUUGGGACGAGUUAUAUAUAGAACAAUAUUUCAUCGGUCGUGUUAUGUUAUUAACAUUGUAUUAUUCAAACAUUGUUGCUUGUAGUGAAUCAAAUAAAUAAUUCUGAUGUUCCAGUUGAAACAUUAUUAUGUAAUUAUGUUAAGGUUAUGGUUAUUAAGGUAAUUAUGUCCAAUCUUGCUUUCAUAACUUAGAAACUAAUGAAUCUGUAUGCUGGGAUACCUGUGGCAAUAUGAUUUUUGUUAUAUUAUCACUCAUUGAAUUUUGUCUGCACUCUCAGAGAAAUGAGUUUGACAUUGUCUAAAUAGCAAUUCACUUAUUGCUCUUGUGUGGGUCAUUCUGACCCACUUAAGCUUAACAAAAGGGUGUAUCUGUGCUAUUUCUGUUCUUUGCUUGUGUUGUUGUUAAGAAAGGGUGUCGCUAUUUGGACAAGAUUAUCCAUAAGUUUUUCUGAUCGUUCUACGUAUUUUUUCUUAUCAUAAAUAACAAGAUUUUUUUCCACCGAUCUUUUAGUGUUAAAGUCAAGGGCGAGCGUGUAGCCAUGUGACGAGUAUAAAUAUUGAUCAUUUUUUAAUUAAUUUAGCUUUGGUACCAAUUUAAUAAAGUCGUAGGGGAUUAAUUAGUCUCUCUUAUAAUUAUAAUUAUAAAGUUGCAUCUGGAAUGUAAUUUUUAUGUCGUUAUCCAGUAGAACAUUUAUAUGUUACUGUUGAAUGAGACUUUAUACUGAGUAAUUCCACCUAAUAAUGUUGACACGAUUUAAAUAUCAUCGAUCGAUCUGGAAUGAAAAAGUUUCUCAGUGCCAUUAAAUAGAUCUGAAAAGUGAACAAAUCUAUUAUUAAUUUUUCUGAAUUUCUGCGCGCAAAAUAUGGAGAUUAUUUGUGUGAUUUUGUGAAUUUAGAAAAUGAAUAUGGUAAUGUAGUUAAUUUAAGCAUUUAUUAUUUUUUUGAUACAUUCGUAUCGGCGCGAUUUUUUGAUCUACCAAUUUCUGUGUUCAGGCCCAGAUUUACUGCGGAUAUUGAAAAGUUGCUACUUUAAUGAGAUAUUGAAUUUCUCCUCGUUUUUCUUCGGAACAUUAAUUUUGAAAGAUCUAUGUCAUCCAUAUUAAUAAUAAUAAGUAAGAAUUCUUGAUUUUCGUUGAUUUCACAGUCAUGAUCACACUUAAAUGGUCUGCCUUAGAGAACCGCUAAUGUGGCGUGUAUGUUAACAAUUUGGUUUGUAUUAAGUUAUAUGAUGAUAAUAGGAAUAUGGUUGAAAAUUAUACUCUAGGCUUACGAAAGAAUCGGCCUAUAGGGAGAUUAAAAGCUUUAUUCUACGCGCUGGGCUGUACGCUUACGUGCCUUCUGUGUUAGUCUGCAACAAUCAUAACAAUUCGACUCACAAAUAAGCUCUACUUAAAUUAAUAAGCUAUCCUCAAUAAAUUGCACUCUAAUCUCAA